AUGAAGUUUGCCUUAUUAGAAACAAUAUCUCUUCAGGUUUUUAAUGCUGUGGUUGAACACAGGAUGAAGAAGAAGCUCAUCAUUGAUGUGGACACUGGGGUGGAUGACGCUAUGGCCAUCAUGGUGGCCCUCGCCAACCCUGAUGUGGAGAUUUUGGGGAUCACCUGCUGCCAUGGCAACACACCCCUGGAGAACGUCCUCAAGAACACGCUGCGUGUCCUGAAAGUCUGCAAUAGGCUGGAUAUUCCAGUGUAUCGUGGCUGCUCAAAGCCUCUGCUGGCCCGCAAACAGCAUGCGGGUGAUUACCACGGGAAAGACGGGCUGGGGGAUGUCCCGGAUCCAGAUGCUCCAGGCUUGGAUCUGCUGCAGAAGAAGAAAGCUGUGCAGGCCAUGAUCAAGCUUGUGAAAGACAAUGCUGGAGAGGUGAUCCUCGUAGCCACUGCCCCCCUCACUAACCUGGCUGUCGCAGUGCAGUUGGACCCUUCCUUGCCAAAAAAGCUGAAGGCGCUCUACAUCAUGGGGGGAAACACUGAAUCCAGAGGUAACACCACAGUGUGUGGAGAGUUUAACUUUGUAGCCGACCCAGAGGCGGCUUACAUCGUGUUGGACCGCUACACCUGCCCAACCUACAUGGCUACAUGGGAGUUCACCUGCAGGAACAGCCUUCCGUGGUCUUUCUGUGACACCUGGCUUGCCGAAUCUACUCAGAAAGCAGACUUCAUGAAAAAGAUUUCAAGUCUUUCAAGGACG